UCUUGCUUAACUACUCCUGCUACAUGCUCCUCCUACCUACAUACAUACAUUAAUGCACGUGCGGAUCGACGAAGGUGAGCUCCCAAUGGACGACGUGGAGUGCUCCUCCUCGGCGACAUGCAGCGCCAUGGCGGCCUCGUACAACGACCAGAUCCGGCCGCUCCUGGACGCCGUGGACCGGCUGCGGCAACUGAAGGUGACCCAGGAGGGCAUCCAGCUUCCCACCAUCGUGGUGGUUGGCGACCAGUCCAGCGGCAAGUCGAGCGUGCUGGAGUCGCUGGCCGGCAUCAGCCUCCCACGCGGGCAGGGCAUCUGCACCCGCGUCCCGCUCAUCAUGCGGCUGCAGGACGACCCCGCUGUCCAGGAUGCGUCCGUGCUGCAGCUGGAGUACAGCAGCGGCAUGGUGGUGACCACCUCCGAGGCCCAGGUCGCGGACGCCAUCAACGCCGCGACCGCCGAGAUCGCCGGGGGCGGCAAGGGCAUCUCGGACGCGCCUAUCACCCUGGUGGUGCGGAAAAGGGGCGUGCCCGACCUCACCCUCGUCGACCUUCCCGGCAUCACCCGCGUGGCCGUGCAGGGCCAGCCGGAGGACAUCUACGACCAGGUGGCCAGGAUGAUCAAGGCGUACAUCGCACCCAAGGAGAGCAUCAUCCUCAACGUGCUGUCGGCGCAGGUGGACUUCCCCACGUGCGAGUCCAUCCGCAUGUCGCAGCAGGUGGACCGCACCGGCGAGCGCACGCUGGCGGUGGUCACCAAGGCCGACAGGGCCCCCGAGGGCCUGCGGGAGAAGGUUACCAUGGACGACGUGCACAUCGGCCUCGGCUACGUCUGCGUCCGGAACCGCGUCGGCGAGGAGGAGACGUACGAGGAGGCGCGGGAGCAGGAGAGGCGGCUGUUCGCGGAGCACCCUCUGCUCUCCAAGAUCGACAAGUCCAUGGUCGGCAUCCCCACGCUGGCGCGGAGGCUCACGGAGAUACAGGGGGCCAUCAUCGCCAGGUGCCUCCCCGACAUCGUCAGGGAAAUCAACGACCGGCUCGGCCGCAGCAUGGACGAGCUCGGCCAGAUGCCGCCGGAUCUCAGCAACGUGGCCGAUGCGGCCAGAGCCUUCUUCCACAUCGUCAAGCAGGUGUGCGCUUCGCUGGAGAAGCUACUCCUCAGGGGAGAGUUCGACGAGUACCCGGACGACGCCAGCUUCCAUGGCACGGCGCGCGUCGCCGAGAUGCUGGCUAGGUACGGGCGUGACAUGCCUGCCCAGCCCCAGCCCCAGCGGCCGGCCGCGCAGCCGUUCCUGGUGGAGGAGAUGCGCGUUCUGGAGGAGGCCAGGGGCAUCACUCUCCCCAACUUCCUGCCACGGUCGGCGCUCCAGAUUCUGCUCAAGAAGAAGGUGGAGAGCAUCGUGCACGUGCCGCACGGCCUCGUCAAGCAGGUGUGGGAGUACGUUGGGGACCUGGUGAUGAGGAUACUGCUGCGCCACUCGCACGACUACCCUCAGGUCCAGUCGUCGUGCCGCCACGCCGUCCAGAGCCUCAUGGACAAGGCGCGCCAACGGUCGGCGCAGCACGUGGAGGAGCUGAUCGAGAUGGAGCUGGCCGCGGACUACACGGCGAACCCGGAGUACAUGAGGACCUGUGGCAGCAUCAUGCAAGAGCAGGACAUGUUCCUGAAAAAUUUUCCGGACGUGUUCCGGGACACUACCCUCCAACUCCGCUUUGGAGAGGUGGACGUGUCCCAUCUCACGCUUGACGACGCUGAGCUGGCUGGGCAGGCGUUCGACCUCAAGGCCCGCCUCGCUGCCUACUGGAACAUCGUCCUGCUCCGCCUCGUCGACGGCCUCGCGCUGCACGUCCUUCUCAGCAUCAGGCGGCUGGUGGAGAAACACCUGGUGGAGGAGCUCACGGGUGAGGUUCUCGGCAAAGACAUGGCCGGCGCCAAGCGGAUGCUGGUGCCGCCGCCCGGCACCGCCGCAAAGCGCGACCGCCUCAGGAACACCAUUGCGGUGCUUCGGGAAUCCAGGGAGGUGGUGGCAAAUAUCAUGGACAGGAGUAGCGCGCUAGGUUGAUCCAUCCUUAAUUGUCAGCUAAUCUAGCCUCUAGCUCGACCACGUACGUCCUGGUAUCCCUCCGCGAUCUGAGUCCGUGGGAUGGCACGGAGCAAGCCCCUCGAUCGUGGGUACGGUUACGCCUCGACAUUUAAUUUGCUUUCCCUAAUUAACCGAGCGAGCUUGGAAUAAUCAUGUACGUGUUAGUACCUAGCUACUUCAUCACUACUAUAUCUAUAUAUAUAUAUUUCUAUUUCA